AUGGCCCUGCUGAUCCUGGAGUCCUCUUACCCUGAGAGCGCUCCCUCCAGUUCUAAAGAUGACCUGCUCCUCUGUCCUUCUUCAGUAGAUCCUUUUCCUUCUUCAAGCCACAUGUUGGGUGCCAAACGUAACUGUGUGGUCACGACACGACACGGGUAUGUGGGAUCACGGAUCCGUGGAAUGAAGAUUCAGAGGCAUCUUAAGAAUGAAUCGAGAGUUCCUCAAUCUGCGCUCCUGCCUCAGUCCAAGAAACCCAAAUCGGCUCCUGCCUGGAAGCUGGAGGACAAGUCGGCCUCUCCCGGCCUGUGGAAGGGAGAAAAAGAACAGCAAGAAGCAAUUGAACACAUUGACGAAGCAAAUGAAAUAGACAGACUUUGUGAACAAGUCAGUGAGGAAAUUUUGAAAGUAGAACAAAAAUAUAACAAACUCUGCCAACCAUUUUUUCAGAAGAGGUCAGAAUUGAUCGCCCAAAUCCCAAAUUUUUGGGUAACCACAUUUGUUAACCAUCCACAAGUGUCUGCACUGCUUGGGGAGGAAGAUGAAGAGGCUCUGCAUUACUUGGCCAGAGUUGAAGUGAUAGAAUUUGAAGACAUUAAAUCCGGUUACAGAAUAGAUUCUUAUUUCGAUGGAAAUCCUUACUUUGAAAAUAAAGUUCUCUCCAAAGAAUUUCAUCUGAAUGAGAGUGGCGACCCAUCUUCAAAGUCCACUGAAAUCAAAUGGAAAUCUGGAAAGGAUUUGACAAAACCCUCAAGUCAAACAAAGAAUAAAGCCAGCAGGAAGAGGCAGCAUGAAGAGCCAGAGAGCUUCUUCACCUGGUUCACUGACCAUUCUGAUGCAGGUACAGAUGAGUUAGGAGAGGUCAUCAAAGACGAUAUUUGGUCAAACCCCUUGCAGUCCUAUUUGGUUCCUGAUAUAGAUGACGAAGAAGGAGAGGCAGAGGAUGAUGAAGAAGAAGAAGAAGAAGAAGAAGAAGAAGAAGAAGAAGAAGAAGAAGAAGAAGAAGAAGAAGAAGAAGAAGAAGAAGAAGAAGAAGAAGAAGGCUUGGAAGAUAUUGAUGAGGAAGGGGAUGAAGAUGAAGGUGAAGAAGAUGAAGAUAAUGAAGGGGAGGAAGGAGAGGAAGAUGAAGGUGAGGAUGACUAGCACAGAAGACUGAUGGAUUCCAACCCUCUUUUUUAUUUUCUUUUUAUAUUUUA